GCACAACCAAGUCAUGUCCCGAUUCUUCUUCUGUACCCUAAACGUUUCGCGCCGUUCAGAAACGUUUGCAAUAUGAUCAUCGCUGGAUCUACAGAAGGUCCUAUUUCCGUUUUGACUUGCGAUGAUCAUGCACGAGCACCCUUCUAAAACGCGCCUGCAAUGCGGUCAAGUACCCCAUAACUCAAAGUAAGGGUUACCAAUUUGAGCCGUGGCCGCGAGGCCAACAUGAAGCUGAGUAUCUGGACAAUUUGAACUAUAUUACGCUGGCACCUUCCUCCACCGAUCUUUCAAGGCAGCACAUCGAUUCAUUCGAGAAUUGUUCUCAGUUAUAUUUCAGUGCUCGCACACUAUCACAAAAUCAUGGCAUGGAUCCCCGGCGCGAUUACAGGGGGCAUUUGGUUAGCAUCGAAAUUAUUCGGUUCCCGCCGCAGAGAUCCCAAUCCAACCUACGCUGCAAUCGAAGCCCGCAAGCGGGCUGAGGCAGAGCGGGAUAGGGCCAUUGGGGACCUUGACGGUAUGAGGGCGCAAGUGGCGCAGCUCGUGCAAUCCAUGCAGGCGAUGCAAAGUAGGACACUCCAGUCCCAGCAGGAGGCCAUGUUGGCUGCAGCAGCUGCGCAGCAGAAAACUCAGGAGCAAAUGAGGGCUAUGGUUGACGCCGAGAGAGCUGCGAAUGCGGCCCGUUUCGCUGCAGAAAGCGCUGCACGACUUGCAACGGAGAAGUCGAAGAAAAAGGCCCAAGAAGCUGAGGCAGAAGCUCAGCGUACUCAAACUGCUCUAGAAGGAGCUCGGAGAGCGGCAGAGGCUUUUAAGCAAGACGCCGAGCGUCUUCAGAGGGCAGCCGAUGAGGAAAAGAGGAAAGCCGACGAAGCCAUCGCACAAUCAGAGGCGGCAAGAAAUGCAGCUGAGAACAGUGUUCGCGAGGCUACAGCAGCCAAGGAAGACGCUGAAAAGCGGCUUAGGGAGGGCAUCCAGCCUGUAUUAACGCCCACUCCUCGAGAAAUUCUCGCUGCCCAAGCCAAAAUUCAGUAUCAGGAGAAUUUAUUCCAUUUCGCUGUUGCUGGGAGGGCCGGUGGAGGAAAGUCCUCACUCAUUAACGCAUUCCGUGGUAUGAGUAACCGCGCAGCUGGUUCCGCUCGGACAGGGGUCACGGAGACCACAUUGACGGUGGGAAGAUAUCCAGACCCUGACGAGCGGUGUCAACAUGUCUGGUACGACCUUCCUGGAGCAGGGACGAUCAGGAUCCCUGAUUGGCAGUAUUUCAAUGCGCAGGGACUCUACGUCUUUGAUUGCAUUAUCGUCUUGUUCGAUAAUCGGUUCACCCAUACCGACAUCGCUAUUCUCCUCAAUUGCAGGCGCUUCAAAAUCCCCACUUACAUCGUCCGCUCAAAAGCAGACCAGCAUAUUCGAAAUAUUGUGAAGGAGAUGGGGUACGAAAGUGACGAUGAAAACGCCGAUCGGUCGCAACGGUCAACCUUGUGCAUGGCUGCGAGAGAGCAGCUCGUCGACGAAACUCGCCGCAAUGUGAAGGCAAAUCUUGCGGAGGCAAAUCUACCUGAUCAAAGGGUUUACGUCGUCUCUAGUAGCUGCCUACGAGCUGUGGCCAAAGGCGAGCAGCCUUCAAGGGCCAUCGACGAAAUCCAACUACUGAACGAUCUAUACACGGAAGCGUAAGCUAGGCGAGUUCGUCGCGAGUCAGGAGGGAUUUCUACCUGAGGAACUGGUCCCGAGGAAGUGAUCGGUUGGCUUCAAAAGACUCAUGUUUAAAAUUUGGUGGAUGCGGCAGAGGCACGUUUACCUAUGAUUCGGAUUCUCGUGCUCAUCACAUAUUUAGAUCUGAUGCUAGGUACAGAUACGUAUUGACAGUCCCACUUUUUCUUGUUGUUACUGCGCUAGCCGUAUGCAGGUCCUGAUAACGAUACAUGCCCUCAUCUUUGAUCCAGAUUAUUAUAUCGCCUCCGUCAAUG